UUCCCUCUAUUAAAGUCAGAAGAUAUUUACCCUUUUCUUCCUCGGAACUCUUAAACCCUAGCCGUUUGUUGAUUUCUGUCUCUAUCACAAAUUUCAUUGCUUUUUCUCUUCUUAAAGUACAGUCAAGCAUUAUAAUGGCAUUUUCUAGCAAACUUGGAAGCCUUUUGAGGCAAAAUGGGCAAAUCCCGAUGACAUCCUUUCUUAACUCUAUUCGCUGCAUGUCAACAUCAGGCAAAAAGCUUUUUAUUGGAGGUCUUUCAUAUGGAACUGAUGAUCAGUCUCUCAAGGAAGCAUUUUCUGGAUUUGGCGAUGUCACUGAAGCUAAGAUCAUCACCGAUAGAGACACUGGGAGAUCUAGGGGCUUCGGUUUUGUUAACUUUGCUGAUGAUGAAUCUGCCAGCAAUGCCUUGUCAGCCAUGGAUGGUCAGGAACUCAAUGGGAGAAAUAUUCGGGUAAGUUAUGCCACUGAAAGACCGAGUGGCCCUAGAUCUUUUGGUGGCAAUGGUGGUUUCCGUGGUGAUGGAGGCUUUGGAGGUGGAUUUAGAGGGGACUCUGGUUACUAGGCUCUUGCAUCAGAUUCUAUCCCUGGGCGUAAUUCUAUAGCUAGUUUAGAUUUGAUUGUCUUUAUUUAUUUUAAAGGUUUGCUGAACUUAAGCAACUACUUUAUGCUAUUGGGUCAAAUUUUACCCGCAGUUGCAUGUUAUUACUAAAUAUGUAUUGGCAAGGUAAACUUUUGACUUUGCUUUGUGCGAAUCCAAUGUGCAUGUCAUUGCAUUACAUGUAUUGUGGUUGAAGUAUCUUAACUCUUGCUUGUUGCAGGGGAAUUUUGUGGUGUCUGCUUGCAUUAAGGUUAAUCCGACCUUAAUUACAGGUAGGCUCACAGGCCACAGCCUAGUUUAAGGGUGCAAAAUAUGAUGAUUUAUAAUCAUCCAUUUGCAUCAAUGGAGAGCUCUGUAUCUCUCAUUUGAGUUUUAUACUCCGUUGGUUUUGACACUUGAGUUGGGGGGGGGGGGGGACGGAUAACCCAAUUGAAUGUGGGGUUCUUUUCCUUGGAUUAAUUGUUUAUGAUUGAAGGGGGGAAGAAAUAAAAGAGAAAGCUCGACUUUUUGUGAGAUGUGAAGUUCUUGUUCUACUAGAUAUUGCACUUUCUCUUUUGAGUUUGUAUGUGUAAUUCCAAUUUGCAAUGAUAAAUUACACUUCCCUUUCUUUUUCCCUU